AUGCCGUGUCUAUUUGCAGAAAUAAUCGUUUUCCAUAUUUCUUGUUUCAAACUGUUUUUCCUUUUUGAAUUUUCUCUGUUUUUGAUACAAUUUUCUUUCUUAUUUUUCAAUCCUACUGUUUUUCUGUUUCUCUUCUUUUUAUCUUUUUUCUCAUUUUCUUUAUUCGAUUCGCACUCACCCUUAUCGCCGUGGAAAAAUCAAUCAUUCAUUUCAACUUCUUUCUUUCUUUCUUUCUUUUUUCUCUUUCCUUCUCCUCCCAUAUUUUUUCAUUCUCUUUUUUCUCCCCCUCAACCCCUUACUUUAUUUUACGUCGUUUUUACUCUCUCUUUCUCUGUCUGUUUGUCUAUGUCUCUCUCUCUCUCUGUCUCUCUCUGUCUGUAUCUCUCUUACUGUCUCUCUCUGUAUCUCUCUGUUCGUAUCUCUAUCACUGUCUCUCUCUGUCUGUCUCUGCUUCUCUCUCUGUCUCACGUAGUUUUUCUCUCUAUGUCCGUCUCUCUUUCUCUGUCUAUCUCUGUCUAUCUGUCUGUCUCACACUGUUGGUUUCUCUCUGUCCGUCUCUAUUUCUCUCUCUCUCUCUGUCUCUGUUUAUCUCUCUGUCUCACGCAGUUUGUCUCUCUCUGUCCGUCUCUCUUCCUCUGUAUGUCUCUGUUUGUCUGUCUGUCUCUGUAUAUCUCUGUUUUCUCUCUGUCUCUAUCUCUGUCUCUCUGUCUGUCUCACACUGUUGGUCUCUAUCUGUCCGUCUCUCUAUUUCUCUCUCUCUGUCUGUCUCUGUUUCACUGUCUCUUUUUGUCUCUCUCUCUCUGUUUUCUCUCUCUCACUGUUUCUCUCUCUGUCUCUCUCUCUCUCUCUCACUCUUUCUCUUUCUCUCUUUUUUUCUUUCUUUCUUUUUUCUUGACCAUAAAUAAUCCAUUGGUUUUCUCACUCUCUCUCUUUGUAUGUUUUAUCACUCUUUAUGUCUCUCUCGCUUUCUGCUUUAUUACACUCUCUGCCACUCUCUCUUUCUGUUGCAUUAAUCUCUCUCUUUAUGUGUGUUUUAUAACUCUAUAUAACUCUCUCUUUCCGUUUGAUUUUUCUUCUCUUUGCUCCUCACUCUGUUUUAUCACUAUCUAUGUUUUUUCUCUCUCCCCACCCCCGCUCAGUUUUAUUACUCACUAUGUCUCUGUUUCUUUCUGUUUUAUCCCUCUCUACGUCUCCGUCUUUUUCUGUCUGUUUUAUCAUUAUCUAUCUAUCUAUCUAUCUAUCUAUCUAUCUAUACACAAUAUUCGGGUCACCGAUUACGAAACCAUAUUCCCGAAAAAUUGUGGCGUCAGUGAAGUAGACGACAUCAUGUUGAAACACAUCGGUGUUUGUUAUUUAAUCUUCAACCAUCGGAAGUUCACGAAAUUUCUGCAAGAUGCAGAGAUCGUCGAGAUAAAUUCGCCAGUAAGCCGACAUCGUUCAGUUUUAUGA